UACCUUCCCACCGAGCCAGCUCAGCCAGGCAGGGCCGGGAGGGAGUGGGACAGAUUCUGGGAGUGCAGUGGGGAGGAGCCCUGGCGGGGCUGAGUGUGGAGCUGCUUCAGCUCCAGAGCCCAGGCCCCAGAGCCCUGCGGGAGAGGAGGUGGAUCCAGAAGGCAGGCCCCCUUGGAGGAGUGAGGCAGUGAGAUGGCGGACAGCUACACGGAGCUGGAGAAGGCGGUCGUCGUCCUGGUGGAGAACUUCUACAAAUACGUGUCCAAAUACAGCCUGGUUAAGAACAAGAUCAGCAAGAGCAGCUUCCGGAAGAUGCUUCAGAAAGAGCUCAACCACAUGCUGACGGACACGGGGAACCGAAAGGCUGCUGACAAGCUCAUCCAGAACCUGGAUGCCAAUCACGACGGGCGCAUCAGCUUUGAUGAGUACUGGACCUUGAUAGGCGGCAUCACCAGCCCCAUCGCCAACCUCAUCCGCCAGCAGGAGCAGCUGAGCAGCAGCUAGAGGACCCGCCCCCUGUCCCUACCCCCAGUGCUCUUCCCAGGCUUCCUCCUCAGCCUCUUCUGCCCGCCCAGGCCCCCGUCCUCUCUUCUCCCUUCAGACCUUCUCCUGACCCUUGCUGAUUAGGGAAGGGGGGGAUGUCAGCGCCCCUUUGUGAUUGUCUCAGUCUGGGGUGCCUCCCUGGGGCCCCUCUGUGAGAUCUCAAUGCUGUUUGGGGACCCAAGAGUUUCCCCACCUGUUCAGUCUAUCUACCUUUCCAACGUCUGAUGUUCCUACUUGAUACCGGGUGUCUCCUGACCUUUAGAGGGCAGCUUGCUGCUUCAGGUCUCCCUGCACCGGGCAGCACCAGCAGAGACCUCUCUCCCCUUUCCCUCAGCCCCUCUGCUGGGUGGAGGAAACUUCCAGGGACUGCUUUCCAGCUGCCUUUGGGUCUGGAAACAGCAAAGCAAGAUUGAGCCCCCUUCCUCCUGCUCAGCUGUGGAAAUGGGCAAUAAAGGCUGGAUUUGAAGUUUGUGUCUCCCUCACCCAGUCCCUUUGUAAUAUUCAUUAAAAACUUUCCACUCCUUGGAACCUC